CCUGCACAAUCUGCACGAUGCUUGCUGGCGUCCUGCGUGCCCGUACGACGACGAUUAGGACACAUGGUGUGCUCGCACUCGCUCGGUGGUCCAGCACAGCGGCCAAGCCGCGUGUGCUAAUGCUCGAUCCCAUCAACCUCGCUAAGGCUGAGCUUGCAAAGCUGGAGCAGGAGGCGACCUUGAUUCCUCUCAAGAGCUCUGAUCGCUCCUCGUUCAUCAACGACUUGAGGGGCGAGUAUGAUGGCAUCACCGGCAUCUACCGCCACUUCAAGGGCACGGGCUCGAUCAAUGUCACUGGACGCUUCGACGAGGAACUAGUGUCUGCGCUCCCGCCUACCCUCCGCUUCAUCACGUCGAACGGAGCCGGUUACGAUCAAAUUUCGGUGGAACCUUGCUCCGCCCGUAACAUCCAAGUGUCCAAUGUCCCAUUCGUUACAGACAACCCAACUGCAGACACUGCCACCUUUCUGCUCUUGUCUGUUCUGCGCCAGUUCCCGAAGGCAUUGUCGGAAGCCCAGGCCGGUUCCUUUCACAAGAAUCUCCCCCUGUCUAACGAUCCUCAUGGCAAGGUUCUCGGCAUUCUGGGCAUGGGAGGAAUCGGGCGAGCAUUUGCAAAGCGUGCUAGGGCUCUCGGCAUGACGGUCCAGUAUCACAAUCGCAACCGAUUGCCGGAGGACCUCGAACAGGGGGCCAAGUAUGUCUCGCGGGACGAGCUCCUGGCAACUUCGGACGUUGUCUCGUUAAACCUCCCUCUCAACGCGCACACUAGGCACACGAUUUCGGCUCCAGAGCUCAAGGCGAUGAAGAAGUCGGCAAUCCUCAUCAACACUGCUCGCGGCGCAGUCGUGGAUGAGCCUGCUCUCAUCGAGGCUCUUGAGGCAGGUGAAAUCGCUGGCGCCGGGCUGGACGUGUACGAGAACGAGCCUGUUAUCCCUGCCCGAUUGCUGCAACACCCAACCGCUGUUUGCCUACCACACAUUGGCACUCUUUCAUUCGAGACCCAAAAGGAAAUGGAAGCCUUCUGCAUCCGUAAUUUGAUAGCAGGGUUGGAGACUGGCUAUCUCGCCAACGUAGUGUCCGAGCAGAAGGGCAUG